CAGUCACCGCCGCCAUUAAUAUUUGUCGGCGCAGGGAUCUGGUGGUGACGCUAAAUUUACCAAGUUUUGUGAAAAAAGUUAAAAUUUAGUGAAAAGUGUUAAAAAAGUAAUUUAAAGUGUAAAUAAAAUGAGUACUAGUGAGUGUGAUGUGGAGAAAGACUCCCGGACAUAUGAGGACAAUGGAAAUUUCAAAGAAAACAAAAUUAAUUUCAGCAAAGAGGUGAAGCAAGUGAUUGACAAAGUUUUAAAAUCUGAUGAUCCCAUGGAUGCUCCUGACUUCAAUUCGGUUGAUUAUAUCAAUCAGCUCUUUCCUAAUGAACAGUCUUUGGCCACCAUUGACGAGACCAUACACCGUAUGCAAUGUGAAGUGUCACUUAUUGACGACAAUAUACGUUCUGUUGUCAGAGGACAAACAAAUACUGGCCAGGAUGGUCAGAUGGCCUUGUAUGAAGCCCAAAAAGUCAUUACCACUUUAUACGAUCACAUUAUUGAUGUGAAAACUCGCGCAGAAAAGACUGAAGAAAUGGUAAAGGAAAUUACCAGAGACAUUAAGCAAUUGGAUUGUGCUAAACGCAAUUUAACUUCAGCCAUUACAACCCUCAACCAUUUACACAUGUUGGUGGGCGGUAUUGAAAGUUUGGAAAAGUUAAUAGAGAAACGUUUGUAUGGAGAGAUUUUAAACCCUUUGCAGGCCAUAACAGAAGUCAAUCAACAUUUUCAACAAUAUUCAGAUAUAGAAGAAAUUAAGAAUCUUUCGCAAAGUGUAGAUCGCAUACAAGUGACAUUGGCCCAACAGAUAACGGAAGACUUUAAAGAGGCCUUUUCGGUUAAAUCCUCUGGAAAUAGUGCACAUCCCCGUUUGGGUUUGAAUCAGUUAUCAGAUGCCUGUAAAGUGGUUUCCGUCCUCGAUCCUAAAGUUAAAAAAGAGUUGUUAAAAUGGUUUAUUGCCCAACAAUUGGAAGAGUAUUUGCAUCUGUUCCAUGAAAAUCAAGAUAUUGCUUGGCUGGAUAAAAUUGAUAAACGUUAUGCUUGGCUUAAACGUCACUUACUUGAUUUUGAAGAUAAAUUUGGCAAUGUUUUCCCCCUUGAUUGGGAAGUAUCUGAGAGAAUAACAGUAGAGUUUUGUCGUUUGACACGAGAACAAUUAUCUCAAAUUAUGGCCAAAAGGGCAAAUGAAAUAGAUGUGCGUUUACUGCUGUUUGCCAUUAAUAAAACUCAAGCAUUUGAACAGUUGCUAUCAAAGAGAUUUACUGGCAUAACUUUGGGUCUAACUAAUACAAAUACCGAAAAGGUCUCUACAGCAAAUGAUAGUUCCAAUGUAUCAGUUGAUCCCCUAGUUGGAACACAAUCUGCUGUUGUUUUUCACGAUCAAAUAGGUUCAUGUUUCAAGAAUCAUUUGGACAUUUAUAUUAAAAGUAUUGAUCGCAAUUUAUCGGAACUAAUCGAAAAGUUUAUUGAACAAACAAAGGAGCCUUUUAAAGUGGGUGAGGCUAAGACUACAGUGUAUCCUAGUUCUGCUGAUUUAUUUGUUUUCUAUAAAAAAUGCAUGGUUCAAUGUAACCAAUUGAGCAAUGAACAACCCAUGUACGAACUAGCAAUGGUGUUUAAAAAAUAUUUACGUGAAUAUGCCAGCAAGGUGUUGGAGUUUAGUAUCCCUAAAUUGCUGCCUUCAACAACAUCUAUUGGAAAAAGUAUGUCUUUAUUGACUCGUGACAUGCAGAAUCUCUCUACGGCAGCUGGUCAAGUUAUACACAAUUUCCUCAAGGAAGGCGACGUGCAACGUUUCUCUAAGGAUGAUCUUAUACGCAUCUGCUGUGUAUUAACCACAGCAGAAUAUUGUCUGGAGACAGUACAACAACUGGAGGAUAAACUUAAGGAAAAAGUAGCCACAGCUUAUAUCAAUAAAGUUGAUAUGUCAGAGGAAAAAGAUGUAUUUCAUCGAAUUAUCUCAAAUUGUAUACAACUAUUGGUGCAAGAUCUGGAAGCAGGUUGUGAACCAUCUCUACAGGCCAUGUCUAAAGUCCAAUGGCAAACAAUAAAUAAUGUGGGUGAUCAAAGUGCUUUUAUUUCUAGUAUUUGUGCCAACUUUAAACAAACUGUUCCCAUAUUACGUGAUAAUUUAUCAACUUCUCGCAAAUAUUUCACUCAAUUCUGUCAUAAAUUUGUUAAUGUUUUUAUUCCCAAAUUUAUCAAUGUUCUAUACAAAUGCAAAUUAACUCUGUCAGAUGGUUCUAAUAAUGUUUUGGGUUGCGAACAAUUACUACUAGACACUCAUAGUUUAAAAACGGCCUUGGUUGAUUUACCUUCCAUUGGGUCGAGUGUUAAUCGCAAAGCUCCUACUUCAUAUACCAAAGUAGUGGUUAAAGAUAUGAGCCGUGCCGAAAUGAUUAUAAAAGUUGUAAUGACACCUGUCCAACCACCAGCUCAUUUUACACAACAGGUUUUGAAACUACUGCCAGAUGUCACCAUUGCAGAGUAUCAAAAAAUUUUGGAUAUGAAAGCGGUUAAACGUGUGGAUCAGUUACAACUCAUAGAUCUUUUUAAACGCACUGCCUCAACAGCAGCUUAUGCAGGUCUAACCGAGUCUUCUGAUAAUAGCACGAAUAAUGAAGUAGUUUCGACUAAUUCUUCUGAAUUAAAUACAGACAAUAUAAUGGUUGAUGCUACUAGUAUUGAAAGUUCGUCUUCUGUACAAAAUCCUACUAGCAACACUACUUCCGUUGCUUCGACUUCAACUCCCAAAAGAGCUUUUAUCUUUAGUGUUGGCAGUUUUUCAGGUGGCAGUAAUAGUGCUGAUAAAAAUGGUGAUGGCACUUCACAGGCGGGCAGCGAUCGUGGUCGUAUACGUAAAUUGGAAAAUCUUUUAAAAAAGCGUUUGCCUUAAUUAUAUUGUAGUAUUAUUUUACUAAUUAUUUAAUUUAAUUGUUUUUCAGAACAUUUCAUGGUUUUUUAUUGUUAUAUUAAGUUAGUUGCAAGUAACUGUUGUAUAUUUUUUUC